ACAUGAGUGGUCACAUGGCCCAGCCUGACUCCUCCCACACACAUGAGCGGUCACAUGGCCAUGACAUCAUCACAGGUCCUUCAGCCUCCAGGAUGUAACAUCUUGCUCCUGGUUAUUGUGGGACUUGUAGUUCUUUAUACACCUGUACACAAUGCACACAGGGGCUUUAUAGAGGGGACAGGACGCCCCCCGAAUAUAUCCUGAAGAGAAGGAAAACUCCAGCGCCGUAUAUAUAGGAUCUAUAGAGGAAUGUCACCGACCACCGAGAGGAUCCUAGAGCUCAGCCUGGAGAUCAUCUACCUGCUGACCGGAGAGGAUUACACAGUAGUGAAGAAGACAUCUGGAGAGUGUGUGGCCCCCAGCAGGUCAGGAGGAUGGAGCAGGGCCCGGGGCCCCAUCACGGAGCCUCCACCUCCCUCACUGAUACCUGAGAGGAACAAUGAGCAGAAGAUCCUAGAACUCACCCACAAGAUGAUGGAGCUGCUGACUGGAGAGGUUCCUAUAAGGUGUCAGGAUGUCACUGUCUAUUUCUCCAUGGAGGAGUGGGAGUAUAUAGAAGGACACAAGGAUCUGUACCAGGACAUAGUCAUGAUGGAGGACCACCGGCCCCGAACAUCACCACCGGGUGGAUCCAGGAAGAGGAACCCACCAGAGAGAUGUCCUGCUCCUCUGGAUUCCCAGGACUGUCCGGGGGGAGAUGACAAUGUCCUACAGGAUGAUCAGGAUGAAAAUGUGAAAGAAAUUAAAACUGAAGUUGUUGAAGAAGAAGAAAUGGAUGUGAGGAGGGAUCGGGCGUGUAAGGAAGAGGACAUUCCUACUGAAAUUAGUCCAGAUGGUCACUGCAAAGACUUGGGACAAAACCUCUUUCCAUCCAUAGACCUUAAAGGAGACAAGAAGAAUAUGCCACAUGGUUAUCUUGGAGAAAAUCAGUUUCUGUGUUCAGGAUGUGGGAAAAGAUUUCAGCACAAAUUCGAUCAGAACACUCACAUAGAAGAGGCCCAGCUUCAAUGUUCAGAAUGUAGAAAAUGUUCUAACCAGAAGUCAGGUCCUAUUAAACAGCAGAAAUUUUCCCCAGGGAAAAAAUCAUUUUCAUGUGCAGCGUGUGGAAAAUGUUUCACCAAGAAAUCAUCUCUAAUACUACAUCAGAGAAUCCACACAGGGGAGAAGCUUGUUUCCUGUUCAGAAUGUGGGAAAUGUUUCACCAAUAAUUCAAGUCUAAUUCAACACGAGAAAAUUCAUACAGGGGUGAAGCCAUUUUCAUGUUCAGAAUGUGGAAAAUGUUUUUUCAAGAAAUCACAUCUAAUUGAGCAUGAGAAUAUCCACACAGGGGAUAAACCGUUUUCAUGUUCUGAAUGUUCAAAAUCUUUUGCCAAUAAAUCAUAUCUUGCCAGACAUCAGAAAAGUCACACGGGGGAAGGGGCAAUAGUAUGUUUAGAAUGUGGGAAAUGUUUUCCUCUGCGAUCAAAACUUACUGUUCAUCAGAGAAUCCACACAGGGGAGAAACCAUAUUCGUGUCUUGAAUGUGGAAAAUGUUUCACCCAAAAAUCAAGUCUUCUUAGUCAUCACAGAAGUCACAUGGGGGAGAAGCCAUUUUCAUGUCUUGAAUGUGGAAAAUCUUUCAUCCAGAAAUCAGGUCUUGUCAGUCAUCACAGAAGUCACACAGGAGAGAAGCCUUUUUCAUGUACAGAAUGUGGAAAAUGUUUCACCCAAAAAUCUAAUCUUGUCAAUCAUCUCAGAUGUCACACAGGGGAGAAGCCCUUUUCAUGUUCAGAAUGUGGGAAAUGUUUUAUCAAAAAAUCACGUCUUGUUACACAUCAGAGAAUCCACACAGGGGAGAAGCCGUUUUCAUGUACAGAAUGUGGAAAAUGUUUUGCCGACCCAUCAGGUUUUCUUAAACAUCAAAAAGUUCAUGCAAGAAAGAGGCCGUUGUCGUGUUAGAGGAUUUAACCGAAGAUUGUUUCAUGUUCAAUAUCAGAGAAUUCACACAGUGGAGAAGCCAUUUUCAUGUUUGGAAUGUAAAAAAAUAAUUUGCCUAGAAAUCGGCUUCUCUUUCUCACCAGAGAGUCCAUCAGCAGAUGAAGGUUGUUCCCGAUGUCUCACCUAUUCGGAGUCGUCUCUCCAGAUCUUAAAUCCUUUGGGUUUUGUGCACUUAACCUUGAUCUUCCGCCCCCUACACUACGAAGAAGGGUAAAGCAUGGUGGAGAAACGACUGAAGUCAUUUAUAGAUGUGGUGCUUAUGAUUGGUCCCUUAAAUAAUAACAUUUAUAUAUAUUAUAAAAUAUUUAAUAAAGUUAUUAUAUUUAAAUUA